UAAAGAAAAGUGAGAAGAAGAAAUGGAAAAGGAGGAAGAAAUAGAAAUAGAAAAGGAAGAUACAGAAAAGAAGGAAGGAGAAAAAAGGAGAAGGAAAUAGAGGUGAAAUCGCAGAUAGAGGAAGACCAGGACAGACCAACCUGCGCGUUGAAGUCGCUACCAACGACUAUGGGGCUCAGUGAAGGUGCAGACGUCACGCGAGAAACACGUCCACUGAGUGUCUCUCGCCUCGCUAAUCUUGUUCCGGUGCGAUGACGAGCAUUUUCAAGCAGUUUCGGGACUUUUUUUCGAAGACUCGUCCAGGAACCGAACAAAACAGAAAUGAAACACGGUCGGACACAAAUGCAACAGAGAGCCACGGGGACCAGACUGAUACCGAAGGGAGUGCCAACUGCUGGUGUGGCAGCCUCAGGAACAGAGCCAUUGCCGCUGGGGUCUUGAUAUUGGUCAAGUCGCUCGCCGGUUUCUGCCUUGGGAUCGUGUACGGGAUCAGAGGUUAUCCCGAAGCAUGGGGGGCCUUCGCCACUGGGCUGAUCACCACGUUUGUUUUCACCCCCAUUCUCUUUUAUGGCAUUUGGAAGGAAUCCCGGAAGUGGCUAGCUGUCUGGUUUGCAUGGAUAGCUAUCCUGACAGCCCUGGGUCUCAUUGGCAGCGCUGUGGCCAUGAUAAAGAGUGCCUACGUGUCCGCCCUGGCCAUAGUGGGCGUGCUUUUCAACUUUACGUUGAUGGUUCUGCUCUUGUACUUGAUCUAUAUUUAUAUGCAGUCGCUGAGAUCCCGGGAGCCAUUGGUUGAAGGAGACACCUUGUAGCGAAUUCCUCAUGAUUAUCAACUUCGGUUUUCUCUAAAAUCAAGUCGAGGUUGUGACUUCAGUUUCAACGCGCUUGUCGACUGUAUUUUUUGAGUCUAUCUUCUUCUAAAAACGAACAGAUGUUAUAAAAAUCCCAUUGACUAAUCGAUGUAUUAUCUUUAUCUAAUAAUACGAAUCAUAUAUGAUUUAUUCGUUACACACGAUACAUACCUAUUUUAGUAUGAUGUCCAUGGUUUGUGCAAUAUGCUCAUUGUUGUGCAUGAAACACGUAUAUAUGACGCUAAUACUGUAACUGAUGUAAAUAAACUCGAUAUCAGUAAUAC